AUGGCCGUUAUCCUACCUGGAGCCACACAUGACCUGUUCAUCACCGCCAACAUCGGCAUGAGUCUCGGCUGCUUUCUUCUCGCAGGGUACAUUACCGGCCAACUGAGCCACAUAAUCGGACCUCGGAAUCGGGCGUGGAUUGUUUUCUGCAAUUUCUUCCAGACAGGGUUGGUCUUCAUUGCCGCAGCACUGCAAUACAUUUACGGUAUUCAUGUCGAAGGCACAAGCACGGUCAUCAUAAUUGGGCUACUGGCAUUCGCGGCCGGAAGCCAAGUUGUGCUGAGUCGGAGUUUGAGUAUGACUGAAAUCAGUACGGCCAUGGCCACAGCGGCCUGGGUCGACUUGCUCAUUGAUAAGAACCUACUUGCCUUGAGCAACAGACCCAGGACGAGACGUGCAAGUUUUCUUGCGGCUCUUGUGGCGGGCGCCUUCUUUGGGGCGUACAUCUAUCGCGAAGUGGGAAGCGAAGCAGCAUUAUUGCUGUCUGCGGCUGGGAAGUUGAUCGUGACGAUCAUGUUCCUGUUCAAUGGGAUCGAGAAGCCGAGUGUGUGUCAAGGUUCUGUCUGA